AUGUCUACGGCACCGAACACACUGUUUCCCGGCGCUGCUCUUGUCACUAGAGCUUUAUCUGGUAUAAUAAACCUGCAGUUCGCAGCCUUCAUUCUCAAUCCUCUACAUAUAUACAAGGCAUUGGUCGCCAAGUGGCUAUUUCUUUUGCCGCAGAAGGAUGUCUCAAGCUUGCGCUAUUCAACAAAGACGGAGGAGGCUAAAGAUGCAGAAGUGUACCUCUUCGAGUCAGACAAGCUUGAUACAGAUCAGGUACUCAAGAACAUGAGCCUUGCCGUUGACCGAUUCGGCCGUAUCGACUAUGCUGUUAACUGCGACGUGUACUAG